UCUCCCGCCCAUCCCCGGUCUCCCGCCUGAAGCGUUCUGGCCUGCUCGUGGUCUCCGCUCUGCUGCCCCGGCCGGAAGCGUCCCCAGCCUGCUCGAGGUCUCCCGCCAGCCACCGGGUCUCCCGCCCAUCCCUGGUCUCCCGCCCGCUCGUGGCUCCCGCCAGCCACCCGGUCUCCCGCCCAGCUCCGGUCUCCCGUCCGCUUGUGGCUCCCGCCAGCCACCCGGUCUCCCGCUCGUCCGGUGCUCGGCUGAUUUCGGGUCUCAGCUAAAAAAAAGUCUGCUGCAUCGGGCUAUGUUGCUGUCCCUCGCUGUCCGGUGAUCUUCGAUGGUACGAACUACACCGAGUUCGCUGGCUUCAUGCGCAUUCACAUGCGCGGCAUCCGUCUCUGGGGUGUUCUUUCUGGCGAGGUCUGCUGUCCGCCACGUCUGGUUCCUCCGGUUGCCCCUACUCCGCCGACUCCACUGGUUCUUCCUCCGGAUGCUAAUCAGGCCGCCAAGGAUGCGGCUAAGAUUGCUGAUGAGGCUGCUGAUCGCGCCUAUGAUGAGAGGGUUUUGGCUUAUGAGGAGGCUCUUCAGACGUAUCAUGGUGCUCUGUCUGUUUACACCCAGUGGCUUGAUGAUGAUGCUCGUGCUGCAGCUGUUCUUACUGCUAGUGUUCUGCCUCAGUUUGCUUCUGAGUUUCUGGGUCUUCCUACUGUCUUCCAGAUGUGGACCUGUCUUCGUCAGCGCUAUGAGCCCUCUGGUGAUGCCUUAUACCUUUCUGUGGUUCGUCAGGAGCAUGCUCUUCAGCAGGGUGACUCUACUGUUGAUGACUUUUAUGCACAGAGUUCUGCUAUCUGGCGCCAGCUUGAUUCUCUCCGCAGUGCUGGUUGUCGUACUUGCCCCUGCUGCCAGGCUAUCCAGGCCGAUUUGGAGUUUCAUCGCGUCUACGAGUUCCUGUCUCGGCUCCGUAAGGAGUUUGAGCCCCGGCGUGCUCAGUUGUUUGCUCGUGGCCGUAUUUCUCUCAUGGAGGCGCUUUCAGAGAUUCGUGCUGAGGAGACUCGCCUACGUGGUGCUGGUUUGCUGGAGGUUCCCUCUGUGCUUACUACUCGGGCUUCUUCCACUCCACCUGCGGCACCGCCCCAUUCUCGCUCGAGUGCUCCGCCGCUCUUGCCCACUCCUUCUGGAGGCUCCGGUCGCCCUCGUCCACACUGUGACUACUGCAACAAUGAUGGUCAUAUUGAGUCCCAGUGCUACACAAAGCGGAAACACCUGCGCAAGGCGCGAUCACCAUCCUCAGGGACUUCGUCAUCUCCCUCGACAGCUUCAGCCAUUGCUUUGACUGAGCAGGAUAUUCUGAGACUUAAGCGUCUGCUCGCGGCUUCAGGUUCUUCCUCGACGGGUACUGCUGGUUCUGUGACUGAUGCUUCCCGCACUGAGCACCCGCCCUCUACACAGUCAGGAUCGUCGCACGCACACUCUGGUUGGGGCUGGCCCUCGCCGCCGUGAUUCUCAGGGUCUUUGGGAGUUGGACUGGCUUCAUGUUCCUUCUGCUGCCACCACCAUUGCCAGUCCCUCCGCUGCUGUCGCCUCUGUUACUGGUUCCUUCAAGCAGUGGCAUCAUCGACUUGGUCAUCUGUGUGGUUCUCGGUUAUCGUCUUUAGUUCGUCGAGGUCUUCUGGGGUAUGUCUCAG